AACUUAUAAAUAAGAUGAUCGGUAAUAAAACACUCCUUAGAUAUUUAAUAAAAAGUAAUAGUUCAGUAUUUAAGUAUUUUGUGAUAACUAAAAAGAAAUUUAAUGAACAAAAUUGUUUAAUUCUGCCUUUAACGACAAAUCGUUUAUUCCACAUUGCUCAAAAUCUUUAUAAAGAAGAGGAAACAAAGAAAAGUAAUACUCUUAUGACAUCUUUGUUUGAAAAUACAAAAGAAAAACGAAAAGAGACUUUCAUUGACAUUAUAAGGAUUUAUGAACAAGAAAAAUAUAAAAGAGGUCAAAUAGAAUUUAUUAAAUUAGCUUUGAAAUACAUGAAAGUUUAUGGUAUAGAUAAAGAUAUUGAAGCUUAUAAAGCCUUAUUAAAUAUUUUUCCAAAAGGACCAUAUAUUCCAAGAAAUUAUUUUAAUGUCGUGUUAAAAUAUUAUCCAAAACAUCAAGAUACUGCUACCGAUCUAUUACAACAAAUGGAAGAUAAUAACGUAAUACCUGAUGAAGAAAUACAAGAUAUUCUUUUAAAUAUCUUUGGUAAACAUGGUAGACCAUUGAAAAAAUUAUGGCGAAUGUUAUAUUGGAUGCCUAAGUUUAAAAAUUUAAAUCCUUGGCCUGUUCCUAGACCAGUACCUACAGAUCCAAAAAUACUUGCCAGAAUAGCAAUACAAAAGAUAAGUAGUAUUGAUGUAACAGCACUUAUAUCUGAAUUUGAGACAAAAGAUAUAGAGGAAUCUAUUGAAGAUACAUGGAUAAUAUCUGCUAUGAGUCCCAUUCAAAAAGAUUUAGUAAUACAACAUUUUAAAUUAAGGAAGGAUUUGCCUAUGUACGUAGAAGGUCCUUUCAAGAUUUGGGUUGCAAAUCAGUCAGUCGAUUACUUCAUUUUGAGAUCAGAUCCAAAAAAGAGUACUUAUGAAUAUGGAGAUCCUGAUGAUGUUAGCAAGAUUAAAAUUCCAUUUUGGAAGACAAAUAAGAUCAUUGAAGCACCUACAGUACAUGAGCAAGAGGAUGGUGUUUACUUUGCAGUAUGUGCCACUGGUACAUCUAGUAAAGAUUCUGCAGUAUCUUGGAUUCGAUAUUUGCAGAAAGAUAAUCCAGUUUUAGAACAAAUUCUUAUACUUAUAAAAUUGGCAUCAUCAGUAGAAACAGAAUGUAUACAAUUCAUAAAAGAACAAAAAAAUUUACAAAACAAAUUAAUUAAUAAUAAAAACGAAUAUUCCAAUUAAAA